GCACCGGCGCUGGAGAACAGAGAGAGGAGCAGAGCUGUGACAGUCUGUGCAGGGCAGAGGAGGGCGGAGCAUCUGGCUGCCUGGGACCUGCAGGAGAGGAACAUCUGGGGCGGCGCUCCUCAGCUCCUCGUACACUGAUAGCUGCAUCCCCUGCCCCAGGAAGACAUGGAAGGAGACGGCGACUCAGAGAGCCUGGAUCAGCAAGAAGAACCAUGGUGUGUGGAUGACCUGCCUGAUCCUGUCCUGAUCCAAAUUCUGGCCUCAGUGCCAGCCUGUGAGCUGGUGCAUGUGUGCCGCCUGGUGUGCCAGCAGUGGAAAGCCCUGGUGGAUGGGCCUUCCCUUUGGGUCUUCAAGUGCCAGCAGGAAGGGCUGGCAAGGGAGGAUCAGGUUGAGGAGGAUCGGGAUAACUGGCAGCUCUACUACUUCCUCUGCAAGAGAAAGAGGAAUCUGCUCAAGAAUGUUUUUGGAGAAGAUGAGUUCGAGGCCUGGGAGGAGGUCGAGGCAGGUGGAGACGGCUGGAAGGUGGAGGAAAUUCCGGGAGACAGUGGCUGUGACUUUCCGGAGGAUGAGAAUGUCAAGAAAUACUUCGUCACUUCUUACGAGUGGUGCCGCAAAGCUCAAGUUGUUGACCUUCGGGCCGAGGGGUACUGGGAAGAGCUGAUGGACAUCAAUCAGCCCUCUAUCGUGGUGAAAGACUGGUACUCGAGUAGGAGCGAUGCCGGCUGCCUGUACGAGCUGUCUGUGAAACUGCUGUCCGAGCAUGAGGAUGUCCUGGCCGAAUAUAAGAGCGAUACGGUGGCCUUGCCCCAUGGCAUGUCGGGCUGGAAUGAGAUCUCUCACACCUUCACAAACUAUGGGCCAGGAGUUCGAUUUGUCCGCUUUGAGCAUGGAGGCCAGGACACAGUCUACUGGAAGGGUUGGUUUGGUGUCCGGGUGACCAACAGCAGUGUGAUGGUGGAGCUCUAACCUGACCCAGGCCCUCCUCCCCAUGGGCUAGGAGCUGUUGCAGCUGGGGGUGUUGCUCUGUAGGCUGGAGAAGGGCUCACUUCUAGAGUUCUUACCUUUCCCAGGGCCCUUGACUCUUGGGGAAACCUUGAGGGGUGGAGGCAGGAGUGGAAGCUAGGCUUUGUGUCUCUACACUAUGCACUCUCUGAUUUCUGUCUUUCUUUCUUGGGUGUCCCUCUAGUUCUCCUUAUACUGUGUUCCCACAGGAACUCCUAAAGGGUGGGGGAAGAGUGCUCAUUAGCAUGUACCUGCAUAUUAUUUGCAUGUCUGCCCAGCCAUCUUUUCUUCUGAUCAAAGUUUCCCAGAAUGAAUUAGAACAGAAUGCCUGAAAAAAAAAAGGUUGAGGGGGGGGGCUUCAUUGGGCCCCAACCCUUUCAGUUUCUAGAACUGGGAUCAGUCCAGGUGCUAUUGUGCCUUGGGCCUCAUGUGAGGGCCUGAGAGCAGGGGCCAGGCUCAGCAGCUACUGCCUUGUUUGGCUAGAGAACAAGGGCUAGGAUUGUGAAAGUUGGAGGAGAUAAGGAGAAAGAGAAUCAGAGAUCUGGGAGCCUGGAGCCUGGUUGAUAUUUGAGCAUUCCGGUGGCAGGAACCAGAGAAACCAAGGGAAGUCUUUGUCUGGCCCAACCCAUUCCUUCAGCCCUCUUGGAAUGUCCUGGGGGGAGGAGGCACUCAGCCUAGCUCCCACAUCUUUGCAUAAAGCAGGGUUGAAGCACCAGCCUACCUCCCCCUGGCACUAUAUAUAUAUAUAUAUAUUCUAAGCUCCCAUUCUCUCUGCAGUUGCAUCUUUGACUGUGGGGGCCAGUAGGGAGGUGGGGCUACUCCCUGGCUAGAAACGUGGUUGUUAACAUCUCUGGCUCCACUGGUCAAGCCUCUUCUCCUCCAAAAGGUGGUCUCACCCCUUUAAUAGCCAAUGCUAGCUAGUUUCCUUCUUCUGUGGAGUUGGGGACAGAUUCCUUGUCCAUAAGCUAUUUGGCUUUUCUGCCACUCACUUUGGUUGAGGCUGAGAGAACCUGAAAUGUGCUGAGUUGAUGCCUCUGGAGGAGGAGAACAACUAAUAAAACCACUGUGUCUGCUGCCA